AUGGAAGAUUCUUACCACGAAACUCAAGGCAUAUGCUCCGAGGUUAAUUUUGAUGAUGUGAUCAUUGAGGAGAAUGCUCUUUAUAUCAAUAGAAGUCAUAAUGAGUGUGAUAAUUUGAUGGAAAAGUAUUCAACAACAAAAAAGAAGCGUAUAAUUUCUAUAACGAGUAUGCUAUUAGAACGGGUUUUAGUGUUAGACGUUCUAAGCCGAGAUAUAGCAAUGGAAAGUCUCACGCAAUUCGCCAAAGAGAGUUUCGAUGUUCCAAAACCGGUUGUGAAUCUAAAACUCGAUUUUGAAGAAACUUGGGAGAAAAUGUUAGAUGCCUUUGAUCUUAGAGAGCACAAGUGGUUGAAGCAAUUAUAUGAGAAACACAAAAGAUGGAGCAUUGCUUUGUCUAAUGAUUUCUUUUCAACUGGAUUUCUAUCAUCGCAACGAAAGGAUUUUCAUUGUAAGCAAAGUAAGCCUCCUUUAGCAAUUAGAGCUAGUGGGAUUUUAAACCAUGCAACAAAUGUUUAUACCCACAAACUUUUCAAAUUGUUUGAGGAGGAGUUCAAAAAUGCCAUAGGAAAAUUUUGGUUUGAACUAUCUUCCGAUGGUGGUGUUUAUGAAUUUAAGGUUGGAGGAAUGGAUGGCUCAAGGAUCCAUCAUAUCUUGAUCAUUAAGAACUUUGAUGAAAUUCCAAAUAAAUAUGUGUUAAGUAGAUGGUGUAAAAAUGCAAAAAAUAGAUGGUUGGAAGAGGAGACGCAUAAUGUUAGUGUGGAUGGUAAGAAUGAUGAUUAUGAGAUAGUUUAUCAAAAUAACAUGAUGCGAAAUGCUUACAAUAUCAUCUUGAAGAGUCAAGGAAAUGUAAAAGCAAGAGAGAUUGUUCAAGAUGGACUAAAGAAGAUUGAUAAAGCUAUUGAGAAUGAAUUGGCCAAAUUGAGCAUUUCUUUAGAUGGUCAAGAAAUGAAAAAUGAAGUGGGUGAUGGGAAAAAUGUAAAAGAGACACUUGAUGUUAAUCCUAUCUUGAACCCCCUCAUGCAAAGACCAAAGGUGUCUCCAAUACAAGAUUCAAAUGAUACUUAG